AUGUCUGAAAUUGGCGAUAUGUCUACCAUUAGCCAAGAUAAGGUAAAAUCGAAGAUUUAUGAAGCAGAUGUUGAUGAGCGUGACAUUGGAAGCGUGGAAGAGACAGUAAAGCAGGGUGUUCUUCACAAUGAUAGAACGAAACUGAAGCAAGGACUCAAGGAACGUCAUAUCAAGAUGUUGACACUUGUUGGUGUAUUUGGUACAGGCUUGUUUCUGUCUUCUGGUGGUACAUUAAAGAAAACCGGGCCUGUUGGCCUGUUGAUUGCAUAUCUAUUUGUUGGUAUCGUCGUGGGCUGUAACCAAAUUGCCAUCGCUGAGGUUGCCUCCUUCAUGCCUGCCACUGGGGCAACCAUCAGGCAUGCUGAGCAAUUCAUAGAUGAGUCUGUUGGUUUCACAUUUGGCUGGAUCUCUACAUACUCGUCACUAAUGCCUGGUGAGUUGUCGGCGACAGCAGUUAUCAUGAGAUAUUGGACGGAUGUAAGCCCCGCAAUUUUCAUAACCGUAUUCGGUAUUCUCUUUGUGGCGACGAAUAUAUACACAAUUCGAUUCUAUGGCGAAAUCGAGUAUAUAUUCGGGUGGCUAAAAGUUAUACUAAUCAUAAUAUUGAUCGUAUCAGGGUUGGUAAUUGAUCUCGGUGGAACCAAAGGCCAAGACAGAUUAGGAUUUCAUUACUGGAGAGAUCCCGGUCCCUUUGCAAAUUACUUGGUGGGUGGACACAUAGGAAAGUUUGUAGGCUUUUGGGCCGCCAUUUCUUCCGUGGUAUACUCAUACUCUGGUAUUCAGAAUAUUGCCAUUCUUGCUGGCGAAACCAAAAAUAGCAGACAUGCAAUUUUCCACGGGGCCAAAAAUGUCUUUUUACGCAUUAUAGUUCUGUACUUGGUUACAGUCUUCAUAUUAACAUUGAUUGUUCCUUACAAUGACAAAUUAAUCGCUACAGGAACGGGCACUGCCAAGUCAAGUCCCUUUGUUAUUGCAAUGAACAGAGCCGGAAUCAAAGUCUUACCUCAUAUCGUCAAUGCUCUGAUAUUAACAUCGGCAUGGUCAGCAGGUAACUUGGCUAUUAUUGAAGGUUCUAGAAAUUUGUUCUGCUUAGCAACGAAAAAUCAAGCACCUAAGAUUUUUUUAAAGACAAGUAAAAGAGGUAUUCCAUAUGUUGGUGUGAUAUUCAUCUCGAGUUUUCUGCCAUUGGCAUACAUGUCAUGCUCCAAAUCAUCGGCCACUGUCUUUGGGUGGUUCCAAGAACUGGUAUCUUCAAACACGCUGCUACGUUGGAUCUUGAUUUCGGCAAACCACAUUCAUAUGGACAGGGCUUUGAAAGCUCAAGGGUACAGCAGGUCCGACCUACCAUAUUCCACACCCAUUGGCCCGUUUGCUGCUUGGUUCUCUGGAAUAAUGUCGUUCAUCUUCCUACUUACUGGGGGCUUUUACAACUUCAUACAUGGCCAUUUUGAUAUUGAGUCAUUUUUCACUAGGUACUUCAUCAUUCCAUUGGCAGUUGGAUUAUUUACUUUUUGGAAGCUAUUCAAAAAGACUAGAUAUCUACGUCCGCAUGAAGUCGAUCUUGAAUCUAUAUUCGAGGACAUCAAGGAAAAUCCAGAACAUAUUGAAGAAACUAAACCAAUUUGGGCAAGAUUUUCAAUAAAGAGAGAUUUAGCAGAAAAAGAAAAAGUCUAA